AUGGCGCAGAGUCUUCGGGAGCAGCAGCUCGAGAGCUUCGAAAAGAGGGGGGCCCGGCCGCCUGCCAGGACUUGUUUCCCCGCUGCUGCUGCUGCUGCUGCUGCUGCUGCUGCUGCUGCUGCUGCUCGUAUUAAGAGCCAGUGGCUGCUGCUGCUGGCCCCCAGCCCUUCUCCCUCAGAGUCUUUCCUUAGAAGGCCAGUUGGCCUUUUCUGCAGCAGCAGGGGAGCCUCGCGCAGCGCGCAGGCGCCGCGCUGUUUGCUUCUGCAGGCUGCAGCUGCUGCUGCAGCAGCUGCUGCAGCUGCUGCAGCUGCUGCUCCCGCGCUGCUGCUGCUGCGCGCAGCGGGGGCGGACUGCGGGGCCCUCCCGUGGCAACGCAGAACCCGCGAAUGGCAGCAACGGCGGAGUGCCGGAGCGGCCCCCGCUGCUGCUGCUGCUGCAGCCGCAGCAGCAGCAGCAGCAGCAGCAGCAGCAGCAGCCGUUUGGCUUGGCUGGCAGCUCUGCUGUGUUUGUCUCUGCUGCUGCAGCAGAGCCGAUGCGCUGCGUCUGAGGAGGCCGGGGGGCCCCCCGGAGCCCGAAAGCCCCGGGGGGGCCCCCCUGAAGUUUGUGGGGGCGGCUGGGAAGCUGCCGAUGCUGAUGAGCGCCAAAGACGAUAUAGAGUAUUUUAUGUGCGGAGACUCUUUCUUUCAAAAGGGAGUUAAGAGGGAAGCAGCAGCAGCAGCAGCAGCAGCAGCAGCAGCAGCAGCAGCAGCAAGCGGGCUGCCGCAGUUCCGUGUCUUCGAGGGAGAAGUCCCCGUUUGCGGCUGCUUCGGCUUCCCCACAGAAGACGGAGAGAAAAUGAUCUUCGGGGGUUUUUGGGUUUCAGAAGACGCACACAACAAACAAAGAGCAAGUGAGACCCCCCUGCCUCCCAAACCCUAA